ACGUUGUAUCUCUUUCUCUAAUUAUUGAAAGAUUGUUCUAGUGUGUUGCUUUUAAGUAUCAUUCAACGACAAUCGACGGCAUGGUACAGUGAAAGCGCGUUCAUGCUCACUUCGCUCGUUUGCUCAAACAACAAUGAAUAGUUUGAGCGAGGCCAGAUCUCCAGAAUCAGUGCUGUCCUUGGAAAAGAGCUCACUCGCAUCUAACAAUGAUAAAGGCGCUUACAGGGUACUCUUUCUGACGCCGGACAAAGCUCUACAGGUUUCCCAGCCGGAAGAACAGGAGCUGUUGUACGAAUCUGAUGAUUCUACAGCCUCUUUUUCCCUUACUCAGGAUGGCAUCGAUACUCAGGGUGUGGUCACCGCCUCCAUUCGGGCCAGAGAAUCGGUAAAGAUGCCAGCGGUUGAAUUCACGGAAGAUAUAACAAAUUUUGGUAAGCUCUAUGAUGAGUCUGUUGAGGCUAAUUGUCAUGGUGGUCUGGAUGUGUCUCAUCCACAGAUGGCUGGAGCCGUUGGAAUGUUUUUCCGGCCUCAGCCAUCCCCUCCUCCGGUUCGCUCGUUGUCAUCAGAACCCCUGACUUUUCCAUUGGAUCAAAGUAAUACAGAUCUAUCUCGUUCGUCUGCUGCAUCAGAAGCGUCGACAACGCUGACAUGUAAUACCGCCACAAAAUCGCCUUACUUACAGUUAGAUAUUCAAGACCAGGGAUUAUCUACUUCGAAACAAAUAGUAAGAUCAGACUUGGACAAGAUCCUAACGCUCAAACACUCGCUGCAGAGCCUCGCCAUUGCAAGUUCGACCCAACAGCGCGAAUUCAAAAUCCUCGAAUACGAAUUUAUUGAGUUAGCUCAAGAGAGGGAAGUACUUAAAGAGCGUGAACAACAGCACUUGGACAGUAUCGCUUUUCUUAAGGAACGGGUCGGCAAUCUUCUCAAGUCAAACAGUGAUCGAGUAGCACUACAAGAAGAACUUAGCCAACUUCAACUUGAGAAUGAUGCAUUCGCAACUCAGAUUAUCGAAAAUGAAAUUGAACUUCGAGUAUUCCGAUCAACCGUGAAAGCCCUUUGCGAGGAGAAUCAAGAACUCAAACGGGAAAAUCAAAAUCCUAAGGCGAUCUCCCGAGAAAGCUGCUCCGAGAAUAUAUGUAAUUCGAUCGACAACACGGUCUUACAGUUACAUACACCUACCAUUUCCGGAACAAUCUCUGUGGAGGAGGUUCGUUCGUUAGAGCUACGUCUCGCAAGUUUGGAGGGCACACGACAGCUUAGAGACAAUAUUCAAGCUGAGACAAUUGAGAAAGCGAGGAGGCUCUCUGAUGUGGAGGAGCGUCUUGCUGAGAUUCAGGACUACGUGAUUCCAGUAGAUACGCAACAGGACGUGGAAGUAUCUCUCAUAGAAGCGAUUGGGGCCAUGCAGGUGGUUGUGGCUAGCAAUAAGCCAGAUAAUACCCCAGAAACUGACGACAGUUGCAGCUCAUGGUUCUGUGAGUGUCUUCCGAAAUUCACAAAGGAAGCGUCGGCAACCAACAAAAAAAAUUCUCAGCCAUAA